AUGCUGCUGCUAGCAGUGCUGCUGCUCAUGUGGCCCACCGAGGUGGCAGAUCUUGGGUGUGGCGAAAGACCCGUCUUUGAGGGAACCACUCGACACUCGAGAAUCGUAGGGGGAAUGGAGGCAGAGGUGGGUGAGUUUCCGUGGCAGGUGAGCAUCCAGGCAGGAAACGAGCACUUCUGUGGAGGCACAGUCCUCAGCAAAUGGUGGGUCCUCACCGCCGCUCACUGCUUUUAUUCCGAGAACCUAUCUCCAAAAGAUCUGACCGUCGUGGUGGGGGCCAACGACCUAACCAGCUCGUCCGUGGAAGUAAAGGAGGUCACCAGCAUUGUCAGCCACAAGGACUUCCAAAGAGCCAGCAUGGACAACGACAUCGCUUUGCUGCUGCUGGCCUCGCCUGUCAAGCUCAGUGGCCUGACGGUGCCCAUCUGCCUGCCCUCACGGCCCCUGCCCACCAAGUGGCACGAGUGCUGGGUGGCAGGGUGGGGCCAGACCGAUGCCGCUGAGAAAAACUCCAUGACGACCGAUCUGAUGAAGGUGCCGAUGGUCAUCAUAGACUGGCAGGAAUGUUUGAAGGUGUUUGCAGGACUUACCAAAAACAUGCUAUGUGCCGGGUACCAGAAUGAAAGCUACGACGCCUGCCAGGGUGACAGUGGGGGGGCAUUCAUCUGCACCCCGGGGCCUGGCAUGAAGUGGUACCAGGUGGGCAUCGUCAGCUGGGGAAGGAGCUGUGGACAGAAGGACACCCCAGGAAUAUACACCCUCCUGGAGAACUACAAGCUCUGGAUCGAGAACGUGACCCAGCUGGAAGGAAGGCCCUUGGACACCAAGGAAAUGAGGACCCCUCCCCAACAUAAACCAAAGAGAUCCUGGGCCUCGGGGCUCCCAGAGCCAGGCAGCCUCUGCCUUCUGUCCUACAUAUUGUUCAGAGCUAUUUUCUACUGAUAAUAAAACAGAUGCUAUUUUUUG